GGAAAGUGAGGAAAUAUGUGGAUAAGCUGAUGAAAAAAUCCAAGCUAUUCGAAGUAGAAUAGCAAUCAGAUAGAAUCGAAGAAAAUGGAGGUGGCUGUUUCUUUGAACCCCCUAUCGAGACCACCGCCUCGAAGAAUUCCGGUGGACGGCGCCACUUAUUCGUCACUCAUAUGCUCCGGAAAGACCGCCGCCGCCGCCCGGAAAAGGCAACGCGGUGGAUGUUUAUUGGUGAUUGAAGCUAAGGGAAAGAAAGGGAUGGCACCGCGUCCUUAUCAGCGCAUGAGUCCUCCUCCUCCCCCUCUUCCCCAGCUCGAGGAUGAUGGCAACCCCAAAUUCGUCAUUUUCAUUCGCAUGGCCACUAUUUAUCUUUGGUUCCCACUCAAUAUUGUUACUGGUGGUACAAGUGCGAAACUUAUGGUUGCUGCAAAGGAAAACUUUAUUGGGAAGUACAUUUACAAGGAUACUCUAGCAAGGAAUCUUGCAGCUGUUGUUUACCGGGAUGAAAAGGAGCUACAAAAAAUGGCAAUGAAACGACAUCGUGUCUUGCGUUCUGCCACAGAGUUUAGAUAUGGAUACAAACUUGUUGAGAAUAAUAAUUUGAGGGCUGCCCUUUCUACCUCAGAUAUCAUCGAGCUUCCACAAAAGCAUGAGCUCAAAACUGUUCUUGAUAAGGUGAAAGACUUCUUCGGAGAUGCCAAGGAAUCAUUUGGGAAGCUGACAGCUCUUAAUUUAUCUUCAGAUUCAACCGAUGAAGAUUUGGAUGAGAAUUCAAAUGAAAAAACUAUGUGAGCCAUAUGGUACACACGCGCGCAAAAGAAAAGCCAACAAGGGUUGAAAGGGUAAAAAAAAGGCGGCGUAGUGGAAAAUGAGGUUCAUUUAAAUUCAGAUAUGGACAGAAGUAUAAGAAGAAGAACACAAGAGGAAGGGGAAAAGUUUUGGCCUUUUCAUUGUGUUGAUACCCUACAAGAAGAGGAUUGUUUCUAGUACUCAAAGGGCAAACUGUAUUGUACACUCCAAUGUACCUACUUUCGUGUACAUACAAUGAACAUUAUGUAACUCGUAAAUGUGCAUACACUCAAUGUGAGCUUUUCGGCAAUUUCAUUGUUAAGAUUUCGUUUUCUCUUUUACGCGUCAUCAAAAGUGUUAUUAGCAAGACAAAAGUAUUUUUUAACAACAAAACGAGCAUUGUGCGAUUAUUAGAUGUAUAU